AAUUCGCACCGAGAAGAGAUAAAACAGCUAAUUUAUAUUAGCUUUAGUGGAGGAUUAUCAUGAUUUGCACCUUCUUAUUUUUUGUAAUAAUAAUACAAGUUUGGGCGAAAGCUCCAUACCUUCGAGAUCGUCCCAGAGGCCUUGGACUUUUACAAUUACCCACUGGAAUGUCGGACGAAAGAUCCGGUCCAAUUCUUCCGGGACUAUACAUCGCAGGAAAUAAGGUUAACGAAAAACCUCAGACUGUACCAGAUGUGCAUCUACCCGGUCAGCCAGCUGUUUUCUCUGGAAGAUCCGCAUUCAAUCCUUUCACCCAUAUGGUUUCCGCAGUGUACGCUGAAGAUUUGUCCGAUGGUUGGGGAGCAGGAAUGGCUGUUAAUGGAGUAAACAAUCACGGCUUGAACGUUCGAAAAAACUUCGACUCGUACGCAGAUGUGCCUUUAAACUUGAACGACGGAAUGUACCAGCCAUUCAUCUCAGCGUUCACCGUCGGAGGAGAAUAUGAUCCAUCGAAGAUUCGCGAAGUAUCAGGAUCUAUGGAUCUACCGAUUCCUGGAGUCAAUGAGCUAUUCGAUUUGAACGGAAGAAUUAUGACCAAGCACGCUCUUAUUGUAAACGGAGCCAUCGAAUUCCCACUAACACUUUCGGAUCCAAAUGAGAGAGCUCCGUACACUUUUAAGUACGCUGUGUGGGCUCCUGAUCGUCACAUGGCUUAUGGUCACGUCAUGCCGAAUGUGAAUCUGUUUGUGAUUGGAAAGGAUAAAAUUAUGGAACGAUUGACUCAGAAUAGAUUGAACCCAACUAUGAUCGGAUAAUAAUUAUUUUUUCUUUUUUGAAUAUUUAAUUGUACAAAUGUACAACCUUAAUAAUUUUUGUAUAAUAAUGGUGAGUAGCUUUAUCCUGAAAUAAGAACACAAAAUUUGAAC